AUUGCGCAUGCGCGUCGGUGGGCUCUGGAGGAGGCUCAUGUUGUCUCUCCGCAGGAAUGACGAGCCUCGCUCCACUCUCGUCGACAGGCACGCGCGGAAAGGGAAACUGAAAAUAUUCAUUUGGUGGAAAUAAAGAGGAUACGAUCGAUUACUUCCGAACAAACACCGGAGGACGUCGCCAAACGGGACAUUGUGUAGACAAAAAAAGCUUUCUGAAGGACCUGUCCUCUUCCACUUUACAGCUGACGUCUCCUGUGUGAGUGUAGCUACAUAUCCAGUGGCAAAGCAUUUUCUAGAUGUGAUGUCUGUCGUGUUUGUUAACCACCUGCGUGUGAAAAUGGGCAUCUGCAAAUGCUUUGGAGAAAACGACUGAUGCUACAUCGAAAAAACGCUUAAAAUGUGACCGUUCCAGUGAGCCUAGAUCCCUCCACUUUUUGUCUGAUUUGAGGAGGCGUCCACUGGGAAUCAGGGCAGUGCAUGUGUCUCGUUUUGGAGAGAGGAGGGAGUGCGCGCGCUGGAGCUGUCCUUUCAGAACCACACACACACACAUCUGCCACCAGCGGUGCACCACAAGCCAUCAGCCUCGCACCUUCUCCGGACCUCACGGUGCGGAGCGCAAAUUCAUGACAACCUCUGCAUUCAUUUAACGUCUUUAUUUUCUCAUUUUCUCUUGGCAUCUAGAGGCAAUCCCUUAUUCACCCGACAAGAACAUAAAGCACUCAUGCAGCGAUUUCUUGCAGCUGAGCUGCCUUUGCGCACCUGUUUUUCUGCGUUCAUUCAGUUCACUCUCCUUUUUUCGUUGCCUAACAAUUGCGCACAUGAAUCCUCCAGGUCUUUCAGCAUUUUAAUGCCUGGCCCGGGCUCGAGACAUGCCUAAGCGACGAGAUGGGCCAGGGCGACGAGAAAGACCGUGUUGUGAUUAACGUGGGAGGGAUUCGACACCAGACUUACCGCAGCACCUUGCGCACUCUCCCUGGCACUCGUUUAGCCUGGCUCGCCGAGCCCGAUGCCCACAGUCACUUCGACUAUGACGCCCAGAUCGACGAGUUUUUCUUUGAUCGCCACCCUGGAGUUUUUGCACACAUUCUCAAUUAUUAUAGGACUGGCAAGUUGCAUUGCCCCGCUGAUGUUUGUGGCCCUCUUUAUGAGGAAGAGCUGGCCUUCUGGGGCAUCGAUGAGACAGAUGUGGAGCCCUGCUGCUGGAUGACGUACCGGCAGCACCGGGAGGCCGAGGAGGCACUGGACAGUUUCGGCGGAGGGCCAACUGAAAUGGGCAACGAUGAGAUGGACACAGAAGGUUUGGGUGAUCCAGGGGACGGAGACGAGGAACUUGAGAUGACUAAACGCCUGGCCCUCGGCGACUUACCUGACGCAAAAGGUGCAGGUUUGUGGCAACGCUGGCAGCGUCGUGUUUGGGCGCUCUUUGAAGAUCCAUAUUCCUCUAAAUAUGCAAGGUGGGUGGCAUUUGCCUCGCUGUUCUUCAUACUGGUUUCCAUAACCACAUUCUGCCUGGAGACACACGAGGCAUUCAACCCCAUCAUUAACCGCACAUAUAUUAACCCUGAAGACAACAGCUCCAGGUUUCACUUGGAGACAGAGACGGUGGUCUACCUAACCUACAUCGAGGGAGUGUGUGUGGUGUGGUUCACCUUUGAGUUCCUCAUGCGUGUCACCUUCUGCCCAGACAAAAAGAAAUUUAUCAAAAACACCCUAAACAUCAUAGACUUUGUGGCCAUCCUGCCAUUUUACCUGGAGGUGGGCCUGAGCGGACUGUCUUCUUCUGAAGCGAAGGACGUUCUGGGUUUCCUCAGAGUGGUACGAUUCGUUCGGAUCCUCCGAAUCUUCAAGCUGACACGGCACUUUGUGGGCUUGCGUGUACUGGGACACACUCUCCGCGCCAGCACCAAUGAGUUCCUCCUGCUCAUCAUCUUUCUGGCGCUCGGAGUUCUCAUCUUCGCCACCAUGAUCUACUACGCUGAGCGAAUCGGUGCCAAUCCCAAUGACCCACGUGCCAGCGAGCACACCCAUUUCAAAAACAUCCCCAUUGGCUUCUGGUGGGCUGUUGUGACUAUGACCACACUGGGUUAUGGAGACAUGUAUCCUCAGACUUGGUCGGGCAUGUUGGUGGGCGCACUGUGUGCUCUAGCGGGUGUGUUAACCAUCGCCAUGCCUGUGCCUGUCAUCGUCAAUAACUUUGGGAUGUACUACUCUCUAGCCAUGGCUAAGCAGAAGCUACCAAAGAAAAAGAACAAGCAUAUUCCCCGUGCACCCCAGCUGGGCUCACCUAAUUACUGUAAGUCUGCCAUGAACUCGCCCCACCACAGCCCACAGAGUGACCACUGCUCUCUUGCUGCCCAGGAGGAGAUUUUAGAAAUGAACAGAGCAGAUCCCAAAGUGAAUGGUGAGGCAGCUAAAGCAGCGCUGGCCAAUGAAGAUUGUCCCCACAUAGACCAAGUCAUUUCCCCUGAGGACGGCCAGAUCUUUAACCCAAGCGAGCCACGGGGAGACACUCCGUGUUUUCUGCUAAACGUCGGCAGACGAUCCACAAACACGGGCACCCGAGUGAGGAAGGCCGGAAUGUUCUCAGGGAGGUCAGGGGCGGAGACGGCCGGCACACAGGGCUACCCUCUGCUGCAGCUAGGCUGGGCGCACAGCCCAGAAGACGGCCAUGCCAGGGUCACCACCUGAGAUCCAUGCCUGUUUCACUGUCAUAUGCUCAAACCACUCACAGCAGCCUUAGAUAAAUAAAAGGCCCCUAAACGCUAUGUAGCUUUACAGGCUGUCAAUUAACGUCAGCAAAUGUAGUGUUGUUAAAACAAACACACCUUCAUGUUAUCUCAUACCUGUUCUAGUUUGACCCCUGACCCCUCCGGUAUGAAUAGACUAAAAAUGACCUUUCCACAAUAAUGACACCACUGACAGCGACGACAUAAACUGGUCGUUUCUGAUCACGUUCAAAAGAAUAUCCUGCCAUCAUCCACCAAUUUGUCAUGUGAUCAUUUUCUAACCAAUAGCGCUGUCUGUCUUUGUCUUAUGACAUGUUGCUCUGUGUGAGCAUGCUCUGUUUGACUUCAGAUCUUACCCACAGCCAAAAGCACCACAAAAUGGUCAACAUCAUCACCAAGCAGAACUACAUACACUGUUCCCAACAAAUGUGUUUCUGUCUUUGUGUGUUCUACUGUAUGUGUAAGUUUAUGAGUGUUUUGAGAGGUGUGUGUGUGUGUGUGUGUGUGUGUGUGUGUGUGUGUGUGUGUGUGUGUGCAUGCAGUGCUUCAGAGUGCACUGUUAUUUUUUCUGUAGCAUUAUGUUGUGCAUGUGUUGGGGCAGUCCUGCGGCCUUGCUGCACAAUCUGUCCUGAUGCCUGUAUGGUAUUGGAUGAGAAAGUGAAGACUUGGUUUUGCACAAAGGCAAAGAAUAUGAUGGUGUAGAUACGCCACUGACAUAGGUGACAUGCUCUUUCAUUUUGAGUCAACAGUUCCAAUAAGCCAUUAGUGUGAUAACCAAAAAAAAAAAAAACUUUUAGGUUUUCUGUUUUGUUGUUUUAGAAAUAAUAAAAGUGUUUGCUUUCAAAUUAUGUCAGUUUUAUUAUGAAAUUCAACAAUUUUCCCCUGCCUCAGUUCAAAAAGCAGCACAUAAAUGCAUGUGAACUGAUCUUUUCUUAAUUUUUAAUAGUGAACAAGAAUGAACAUUACUGUAUGUUGAUAUAGUAAUUGUCCCAUAAGUAAUUGUCCAAUAAAUUUUUAAACAAUGGAAAGGCGUAAAUGAAAUGGCUUGUUUCACUUAAUGAUAAUAGAAAAAAAAACAUGUUUUAAAAAAAUGAAAUUGUUGAAAAGGAAAAUAAACUUGUUAAAUAUAUGCACUAUAAGUGCAUUUUAUUUUUUCUUAAAUUGUUUUCAUGACAUCCUAAUUAUUUAUUGUAUUUUUUAAUUAAUUUCCUAAUUCCACAAUUAUAUCAUUUGAAAGCUGAGACUUUCCCUUUUCAUUGUGCAUGUACAUGUACUUAAAAUGUGUUUCUUGUCAAAAUGACUCAAAGUGAUGGUGCAAGUCAUAUAGAGACUAUGGAAAAGUGGCAGAAACUGAGGGUCUGACUCUGACAAAUCAUUGGACUGGAUUCUUGGUUGCCUUCAUUUCAAAUGUACCAGUUAAUUUAAAUUUCUAGAUUAACGAAUCUGUGAACUUCUAUUCUAUUUGCAACAUUUGCCUUGCAAUCCACAGCCUUCUCUGCUUGCUCUAAUGCCAGAUUAACCAACCAAUCUUUGUGCAUGCUCUCACAGAGAUUGCAUGCCAUAAUAAACCCUUUAAACCUGACCCAUAGCAGCAAACAUGGUGUGGAGGGAACUGACCUUUGUGUCCCAGAAACUGCCAUGUGCACAUUUCUCUCCACUAAACCGGUUAUCAAAAGUCCCGAAGCCUGGGCACCAUAACCAGCAAGGCCCGAACGCUGGCCGAGGUGGUAUCGAUGUCCACCGGGUCCUGCGGCCCACCUGUUCUCCUGCGGCGGUCCCAUUCUCCAAUGCCCUCCAUUCUCUAAGAAAUGGAGCAGUUGUGUAGUUAGAGCUGUCUCCCUGGGUCUUCCUCCUGCUCUGCUGCCUUCUGUUCUCUGCGCUGUUUGAUUUGGUUUGGUCUGUCUUGUUCUCUGGUCCUUGUUUUCUGGAGCUGUAUUUUUGUCUCCUCCCCUCCUCCUUUUCCUCUUCCGUCCGUUUUGCUUGUUUCUUGUCAUUACGUACCGACUCUCAACUCAUACAAAGCCAUCAGAGAGAAAGAAAACCUCCAAAUGAUCUCAGGGGAGUUUUAAAGGAUUUCCUAGUUACAAGUGUUUGUCAGACACAAUAAAAGAACUGGGAGGAGAAAGGUAACCCUUUCUUUUAGAGCAUACUGUUGUUGUUCCUGGAACCACUUCAGAACUGGAAAGACUUGCAUCCUCCCUUCAAACGAUAGAAAUAAUGAUAUUUUUAAGGAUUUACUAUGAAUAUUUACUUAUAAAUCCUCUCCUGUCUGAGUAUAUUCUCACACAAAACCUUUUCAGACACCUGGAAGAUGAAAGCCUUUUUAUCGGUUUCUUUUUUUGGUUUCGUUUCACUGUUUAAUUAUUACUGUACUUCCCCUUUGCUCUGGUGGAGUCUUCCUCCCUUCUUUCUUCAUCAUCUCAUUAACAAGACCCCAGGUAGGAGGUAUCAGGACUCCCUUUUACUCGCUGUCCACAGCAAACGUCUCCCCUUCCUCUGCACUUCUUUCACUCUCCCUGUGCAUUUCUGUCCAUCUCUCUUUCUCUGACCUCUUUAGCCCUGGAUUGCGAAAGCAACCCAAAUGAACGUUUUUACAGUGCAGACAAAAGGGAAGUCUUAUUUUCUUAGCCCAUUUCCUCCUCAUUCUGUGAGCUGAAUGAAAACAAGGCCCAAUGGCAGGAUGACCCUGAGCAAUCCCAUCCUCCCCUGUAUUUUCUACUGCAGAUCCCUGCAAAGAGGAAACUGCCCUAGUUAAGUAUAUGCAGUCAGAGGUGCUCAAAGUGACCUGAGAAGGCAGCAGCAUCUCAAAACCUUGGUUUCCCUUCUCACAAUGGCCAGAGGGAUUUCAGGCUGGAGUCCAAAGGAAGGACGUAUAUGUAGAAAGAGAGCACAAUAGAGGAUUUUGUAAGUCGACGCAGUGGCAACCGUUUUCCAGAUUCCGUCUGUCUGAGGAAUCUCAUGGACCAGGACUUUUUUUAAGGAAGACCUUAAAGACCAUCGACUGAAGAGUGCGAUGAGUAGAUGGCUUUAAAGCCAGCAAAAUGAGUUUUAUAAUCAUAACACUAAUGAUAGUACCUGCAGUGACAGAUGUAGUGGACUCUUACCUGUUCAUUUUAGCAUGAACUGCAUGGUGUUACAUUAAAAAAAAGAGGAAAAUAUUCUAUAUCUGUUAUGAAUCUGUCUGUACAAAACAAAUAUUUUCUUGACUUUUGCAGAACUGACAUGUAGCCAUGGAUAAUGAGAUGUUCAGAGACCAUGUUCUUUAUUUCAGCAACUGAUUUCUUCAUUCUGUCUUUGUUGUUAACCACAUGACUCAGCUCUGGUCACAUUGACCUCAAAUUCUGAAUGAGAUGAUAGUGGUUACUGCCGUCAGAUAGAUUGUAAAUUCCACUUUUCAACUUUGUUUCUGUCUGGCAUGCUUGUGAUUCUGGAUCUUAUAGAGAAAAAAAACUGAGCACAAUGAGUUAUUUUUCUGUUUUAUGUCUUACUUAUUGGUGAAUAGAUCCUGUGGAAACUGUCGUGAGCAACUGUUUAUUUCACAUAUCAAGUGCAGACUUUUAACAGUGUUAUUUUUGGAGAAAAAACAUCAAAAAACAAGAAAAACCGCAUCCUGUUGAGAUGUUUUACAUUGUAUCUCAUUACUUUUAGGUACUAAAACACAAAGAAAAGCAAAAAAGACAAAUGUAUAUUUACAUUAUAAGAGAAUUGUAUGCAAUUUAGGGGAAAAACAAAUGCAUGCACUAUGUUAUGCAACAAUAACUGCAUAGAAAAACAGGAAAACAUGACUACAACCAUAGCAUGAAAUAAAUUUUCUAUGAAACCUG